CGUUGCACGUCCUAAAAGUCAAAUUUAAAAAGUUCCGGCAGUAAACAGUGUUAACCUAUAUCUAUUGUAUUAAGAUUCACCGUUUUCGACCAUGUAUGGUCAAGAUGAUUAUGACAUCGAUGAGGAUAAUGAUGAGUACUUGGAAGAUGAUCGAGAUGCUGAAGAGCAAGAUGAAAGUGAUGAAGAUACAGAGGAGGCAAGUGAGACAGAUCUUGGUAAAUCAGAGGAAUAUACAGAGAUAAAAGAACAGGUUUAUCAGGACAAGUUAGCCAGUUUGAAGAAACAGUUACAACAAUUGAAAGAUGGUACUCAUCCUGAAUAUAAUCGGAAAUUGAAACGUUUAGAAGCUCAAUACAAAGAAAGAUUACGACUGAACAUAAUUUACCGUGAUUAUUUAACAGAAUGGGUAGAAAGAGAUUAUAUAUUGGAAAAGAAAGCAGCUGUCAAGGAAUUUGAGGAAAAAAAAAUUGAUCUCAAAGAAAACUUGUUAACUGAUAUGGAAGAGAAAAGAAAAAUGAUAGAAUCUGAUCGACAUACAAUGGAACUCACUGGUGACUCAAUGGAGGUAAAGCCUGUAAUGACAAGAAAAUUACGGAGGCGUCCUAAUGAUCCUGUACCUGAGAAAGUAGAAAAACGUAGAAAACCACCUCCAGCACAGUUGAAUUAUUUAUUAGAUGAAAAAGAAAUUGAAAGUGAUCUUAAAGCUAUUAGUCGUGGUAAAGUACUGACCACUGUUCGAAAACCAGCAGUACUACCGCAUUAUAAUGCAGUAAAUAUACCCUCUCAACAUAUUCCUCCACCUUCUGACACAGCUAUAAUAGAAACUAGGAUAGAGGAUGGUAAACUGUUACACGAAAGACGAUGGUUUCAUCGUGGACAGCCAGUAUAUGUAGAAGGAAAAGAUUUAACAAGAUUUGCCGCAAAUAUCUCGGCAAUCGGAACCGAAGCUAUCUGGGUGAAGAAAGUUUCAGAUGGAAGUAAAGUACGAAUAUACAUCUCCCAGUUAAGUCGAGGGAAAAUUUCGAUCAAGAGAAGAGCAUCCUAAUGAUUGUAUAUAU